AUGCUCAACAUGAGCGAGGAGCAGGCCAAAGCCCCGGAGGCGCCGGGCAGCCCGGCCGGCACGGCCAGCUCCCUCUCGCACGUGGACUCGGACUCGGACGCGCCCUGCUCUCCGGCCGGCUCGGAGGGUCCGACGCCGCCGCCGCCGCCGCCUGGCUCGGCGCCGCGCUCGUCCAAGGGCGAGGCGGGGGAGGCGGACGAGCGCUUCCCCGCCUGCAUCCGGGACGCCGUCUCGCAGGUGCUGAAGGGCUACGACUGGAGCCUGGUGCCCAUGCCGGUGCGGGGCCACGGGGCGCUGAAGGCCAAGCCGCACGUCAAGCGGCCCAUGAACGCCUUCAUGGUCUGGGCGCAGGCGGCGCGCAGGAAGCUGGCCGACCAGUACCCGCACCUGCACAACGCUGAGCUCAGCAAGACGCUGGGCAAGCUCUGGCGCUUGCUGAGUGAAAAUGAGAAGCGUCCCUUUGUGGAGGAAGCGGAACGGUUGAGAGUUCAACAUAAAAAGGAUCACCCAGAUUACAAAUACCAGCCACGUCGGAGGAAAAGUGUCAAAGCCGGCCAGAGCGAUUCAGAUUCAGGAGCUGAGCUGAACCAUCACGGAGGAUCCCAGAUCUACAAAUCAGACUCAGGGCUGGGCUCGAUGAGUGAAGUGCAUCACCCCAGUGACCACACAGGGCAGCCCCAUGGGCCUCCUACCCCACCUACCACCCCUAAGACAGACCUACACCCUGGGGGCAAGCAAGAGCUGAAGCACGAAGGCCGGCGCCUCAUGGAAAGCGGUCGACAGAACAUUGAUUUCAGCAACGUGGACAUCUCCGAGUUGAGCAGUGAGGUCAUCAACAACAUGGAGGCCUUUGACAUCCAUGAAUUUGACCAGUACUUGCCACUCAAUGGGCACUCUGCCAUGCCAGCCAGCCACGGGCAGAGCUCCACCGCAGGAUCUUAUGGGACCUCUUACGCUCACGCGGCCAACGGCAGCACUGGUGGGGCUUCCCAGGGAUGGACUCACAAGAGCCCAGCGUCUGCCUCUCCUUCUUCCAGUGAAACCAGCCAGCAGAGGCCUCACAUCAAGACCGAACAGCUCAGCCCUAGCCAUUACAGUGACCAGCCUCACAACUCUCCAACCCAUUCGGACUACGGAUCCUAUAGUGCUCAGGCAUGUGCCACCACCGUAUCCCCGAGCUUAGCCACGGGGUCUUUUUCCAGCUCCCAGUGUGACUACACAGAUCUUCAGGGUUCUAACUACUAUAAUCCCUACUCGGGCUACUCUUCCAGCAUUUACCAAUACCCAUAUUUCCAUUCCUCUCGCCGGCCGUAUGCCACCCCCAUCCUCAACAGCCUGUCCAUCCCCCCUUCUCACAGCCCCACGGCGAACUGGGACCAGCCAGUCUACACAACCCUGACGAGACCUUGAGCUGAUGGAAGGAGCCACUUCUCCAGGUCUUCCCCGCCAGCCUUCAACAGUGUGCACUACACCGAAACAAAGGUGGAGCAAAGAA